AUGGGCUUAUCCGACUCGGGCCUUCAAUCCGGAUACCCUCAUUGUCUCGUAGAUCCGUUUCAAUCGGUUCCAGUCCCAGUGUGCACUUCACUCAAGGCGCUAUUUCUCAAGGCCCUAGAAGCACGUACACUGCCGCUUCACUGGGCAGAGCGCCUAAGCUCUCAUUCCCAUGCUUGCAGAUAUCUGGCCUUUUCUUCACGGAUCCUCUCGUUGAUUAAACCCAUGUUAUCUGAGCAAAUUGUGGACGCCUAUCUCUAG